GGUUUCUGGAGACUCCGCCUCUUCACACUCACAGCUCACACUUAAAAGAGUUGACCCAAUCUCUGACUGUGGGAGUAAGCAGCCAGAAGCUGAGAGAAGCAGACUCAUUAGUUCCAGGGGACCUAAUACUAGAGCCUACAGCAAUGGCCUGGAACCUAAAAGUGAAGAUGCUGGCAGGUAAUGAGUUCCAUGUGUCUCUGACUAACUCCACGACAGUGUCAGAUCUGAAGAAGCAGAUUGCCCAGAAGAUUAGUGUGCCAGCUUUCCAGCAGCGCCUGGCCCACCAAGGUGGUGAAGAGCUACAGGACGGUGCUACCCUUUCUGGGCUGGGGCUGGGUCCUGGCAGCACAGUCAUGCUCAUGGUACAGAACUGCAGUGAUCCUCUGAGCAUCCUGGUGAGGAAUGAAAGGGGCCGCAGCAAUAUCUAUGAGGUCCAGCUGACAGAGACUGUAGAAGUGCUUAAGCGUAAGGUGUCCCAGCAGGAGCAAGUCCGUGAAGACCAGUUCUGGCUGAGCUUCGAGGGAAGACCCAUGGAGGACAAAGAGCUACUGGGGGAGUAUGGCCUAAAGCCCCAAUGCACAGUGAUCAUGAAUUUGCGCCUGAGGGGAGGAAGGGACCACUAUGCCUAAGGCCCCUAUCCAGAGCCAAUGUUGGUUAUAAAAGAUGAUGCAAUAAAAAGUUCUGCCUCCUG